AAGGAAAAAUAAAAAAUAAAAAAAGGAUCCAGUUAUUGUCACCAGAAAAAGAGAGCGAGAAGAGAAGAUUUUAGGGGAAAAGUAGCACGUGCCCUAACUUGACAUGGAUUUCAUGGAAAUUCCAUGAAAUUACUGGCCAUUCGAGACCGCCAAAUCGACUGUCCACGUUUCAAAACCUCUCCUUCCUGCUCCUUUUGCUACUCUGCGUCCGCCCAACCCCAAUUUAUAUUAGAAAAAUCAAAAUCGAAAUAGAGAGAGAGAGAGAGAGAGAGAAUAGUUGUUGAAGCUCAGCUAUGGGCGCUCUUGCUCCAGUCUCUUCUUGGAUUCCCGAAGACGACCUUUUGCUGAAGAACGCCGUCGAGGCUGGUGCUUCCUUGGAGUCACUUGCUAAAGGUGCUGUGCAAUUUUCUCGGAGAUUUACUGUUCGAGAACUGGAAGAUCGCUGGUUUUCUAUUCUUUAUGAUCCAGUUGUUUCUGUUGAAGCAUCCACAAAAAUGCUUGAGUUUGAGCGUUCUGCUUCAACACUAAUAUCAAAACUCAAUAAAUUUGGACAUUCAAAAGAUAACAAAUCUGUUACAGGGAAGAGAAAAGCGGAGAGCAUUCGUAAAUGUUACUAUGCUCUGCGUAAAAGGGUCUGCAGUGAACCCUUUGAUUCAAUGGAUCUCAGUUUCCUUGUUGCCCCCACUAACAGUACUUAUGUUGGAAAUGGAGAUGGGCCCUUAUCUGGAAAUUGCAUCCCCGGCAAUCCAAUCUCUAAUCCUUUUGGGCUUGGGGUUUCAGGAAUGGAUACAAUGACUCAUGCUUUUCCAAACAAUCUGAUGGAUGGCAGUGCUGUUGCUACUAGUGGUGGUGCAACUAUCAAUACCUUCCCCACCGGACAUCAGAACCCAGUUGAAGAAAACUUUCUGUUCGAGCAAAAUAAUAUACAUAAAGAAAUUCCUCAUAUUAUUGAAGAAAAUAUGCGUCCAAAAGAUUUGCCAGAACACAACCUCCACAAAGCUGUUGAGCUAGGAAUGAAAUCCCCUCCUGCAUUUGAUCAAGUUAAUGGUGAUCAGUCAAACAUGUGCCUUGAAUUUGAAGAGAAUAAGGUCUUUAAUUCUCCUGUUUCAGGAUGUGUCGCACCAUUUAACAACAUGGAGUAUUCAUCUCCACUGCCUAUCUGGAAAACAGUCUCUGCACCCGCUUUGCCAGUAGACAUUGGUCUGGAAGACAAGGAUCUCUGCGCUGGUGAUACUUUUCACCUUCCUGAUGAUUAUGAUGCUGGAAGCACAAGAACAUCUGGGUACAAUGUUCACUCAUGCGCCAAGGUGAAAAUGGAAAUGGCCUAUGAUGAUUUUCAAAUCCAUAAUAGCCCUGAAGGUUAUUUGGAAGAGUUAUCUAAUUCUCUUCUAAACUUUACCAAUGAGGAAGAGCUUCUGUUUAUGAACGCCGAUGGAAAAGAUAUGAUUGAUAAGUCAUACUAUGACGGCCUGAGCUCACUUUUGUUGAAUUCUCCAAAUGAUGCUUGCCAAGAACAAACAAACAAUAUAACUGAACUGGAGACAUCGGUAGCCGCAGCUGUGCGUACUACGGAUUCAUCUGAUCAGUGUCGUGCAGAGCCACUUGACAAUAAAGCGGCAAGCAAUUGUGAUGAACAAAUGUCUUACGAUGCACCAACCCAGAUGCAAGCAUCUGUAUCAGCUGCAAAUAAUCAGUUUCCUGAAUAUAAAGAUGGGGUUAUUUGCUGCACGCUGAAUACUGAGGACCCUGAAAUUCCAUGCAAUGAUGAUGUUUUUCUACCGAAUCACCGAGCAUCAAAGGCUUCUACAUCACAACCGAAGUUUCAAGGAGCUAAUAAACCACGUUCUUUAUCUAUAAAGGGCGUCUCUAAUAAUCAAAGAACUAAUAACAGGGGACCUAGCCUGAUGCAUAAAGAACGAAAAACUGCUGGAGAGUCUCAUGUAUCAUCUCAGAUGAUAGGAUCACAUGCUAUCCAAGAAAUGGGUCUGAAUCCUCCGGGUAGUAAUUUUGGGGUUAAAUCUGCAGUUUCUAUGUCGGACUCGGCUAAUGUGGCAUUUAGGGUCGCUGGUAUUUCGAGUAUAGGUAAUCAGAUUAUUGCAGCAAAUACAAGCACGAAGACACUUCUCCCUGAGAUGCGGAAGGAAGAGACUAAAGAAAUGUUGUCAGCAAAACAUCUCAGCUUGACCAAUUAUUCUAUAAAGAGGCCGCCUUUAGGCUCCACUAGUGUUAAAAGCUAUGCUCAUACAAAUUCCAUUAUCAUCAAAGAGGAGGAUGAUGUGUCAGCUCCAAUCAGAGAUCAAGAGUCCAUAAAUGCUGAAUUGACGUCCAUGAAUGUUGCUGUUUCUGAACCAGUUGUAAAUGCUCCAACAGCAGAUCAAGAUUGUACCCCUUUUGAGAGUGAUGAUGAUAUUCCUUGCUAUUCAGAUAUUGAGGCAUUGAUACUUGACAUGGACUUGGAUCCGGAUGAUAGGAAUUUCACUUCUAGUGAGGAAGUCGCAAAAUAUCAGCGUGAGGGCACUAUGAGGGUAAUCAUAAGGCUGGAACAGAGUGCUCAUUCUUAUAUGCAACGAGCUAUUGCAUCUCAUGGAGCACUUGCCAUUUUGUACGGACGCCAUUCAAAGCACUAUAUUAAGAAACCUGAGGUUUUACUUGGUAGAGCAACAGAAGACAUGACUGUUGACAUUGACUUAGGAAGAGAAAGCCGUGCCAAUAAGAUAUCACGGAAGCAGGCUAUUAUAAAGUUGGACAAGGGUGGAUCUUUCUAUCUCAAAAACCUUGGAAAGUCCUCAAUAUCUGUGAAUAGCAGAGAAGUGGGUCCUAAACAGAGUAUAAGCCUUAAUUCCAGUUGCUUGAUUGAGAUUAAACGAAUGCCGUUCAUAUUCGAGAUGAACCAAACUCGGGUUAAGAUGUAUCUGGAUAGCAUUGCGAAGAAUACUGGAACACAACAGCGACAUUUAUGAAAGAUUGCAGAAGUACAAAUCAACGCGGAAGGGUAAAUUCUCAUCAGAAGGUGCUUUUUACUUUUAAUUAAAUGCGCUUUCUGGGUUAUAUGCGCUUCUGUUUAAUCUAGUGAAUAAUGCAAGUGCACUUCUUUUCAGAACGAACUUUUUUCCACUUUUCCUAACCU